GAAAUUACUUUUGAUUUCUUUGAUUCCCUCGGAACUUUCUCGUGCUGCUGAAGUAGUUUUGGGGUGGCAUUUUAUUUGGCAAUGAACCCGACGUCAAUGAUAACGCUUCCUAAUAAUUUUUCGGCGUUUGAAAGACGGCGAAAUUACUCCAUUUGGAGAAUGGUAUCCAGGUCAUCGUGACGAGCCGGCGUACCGACAACCUUGAAAAUUUUUUUUCAAGGAACGAGGAAGACAUAACGAAAUGUUCGGUGCGCGCCCCACCAUGCACCUGGAGACAGAGAUUUUGGGGGUUCGCCGCACGAUCGAAGUCUGUGGAUCGUUGAGAUCGAAGCCAGCGGUCGAUCCCUCUGACCGUUCUCUCACCCUAUUGGUCAAUGCAUCACGAGACACCCUCACUUCCCCCACACCGCACCUGCAACCAGCAAGUCCCAACAAGUCCGGAUGAGUCACAACUCGCGUUCGCUUUCGUCGCGUUUACAUACAGUCUGCCUGCAGCAUCAACGACAAGUGCAUGGGGUUUAUUCGCGCGCUCAAGUUUUUCGUGAAAAACUGUAGAAAAAAAUUGAAAAAAUAUAUAUAUAUACAUAAAUGUUUACGUAGUGAUUGGAUAGUGAAGUUUCAUCUGAAAUCUCCAAAAGGCAACCGUCACCAUGCGGGCAGUAAUGAUUUGGACUAAUGCCGUAUUGGUAUUCAUGCAGUUGAUUUCGACAACAAUUGCGCAAAGUGACUGUAACGACGAUAAAGACUGUUUACAAAAUCAGUACUGCUACGAGGCUAGUAAACUGUGUGCAAAUUACACGAUAUGCAUGAGAUACAAUAGAUUAGAGGGUUCGAAACCAGCGCGCCAUGGACGCCAGUGCGGAGCCUGCCUUGAGGGGUAUUCUGCGGUGAAAAUAACAGAAUCCAAUCAAUUGGAAGCAGAAAGCUGCACCAAGAAUGCGAUUGUUCAUAACGAAAAUAACGAUCGGAACACCGGAAACAACCAGGACGGCGAUAAUGUCAUGGAAAAGAUUCAGUAUCAUUGGCUGGUUGUUCUGUUCGUCGGUUUGAUCAUUUCUGCAGCCUCUUGCGGAUUUGUAAAGCUCUUCUCACGGUGCAAGAAUCGGGACCUAUCUGCUGACACAGAGAGCAAUUCUUCCCGUAUCACACAGACGCCUACCGAGGCUAGCGCACCUCCGCUUUCUGUGAGCCAAAAUAACAACAAUUAUCCCUUCACUUACGGUAACCUGGAAGAAGGUGUCCCGUUAACGUACACCGUCAACUCAGAAGUCCCGGUGAAGGCUCGCGCUUUUUGUAAUCCGGACUGGGUUCAGGCAGAUCCGACCUACAACAGAGAGGGAAAUUUCGCGAUCGAGCCCGCGCACAAUAACCCGCCUUCAAAUGACGAAGACACUGUUCCAAGUUCAUGGACACCUGGAGAAGUCACAGUCUCUGUAUCCAAUCGGCCUUUCUCUGGACUCACAAGUGAACAACAUGACAACACCACUAACUUGGCCCUAGACAGACUUGUUUGCCCACCGUCCACAGAUAGCCAAGCGAAUCACGAAGAUAGGCAAAACUUCAAUGACGCAAACCCAGCUGAUAGACGAGGAAAUCAUCUCCAACAGAUAAAUAUUUCAAUCAACCAACAUAUCAACCAAUCAAAUUUCUCUAAUCAUAAUUGACUAUUGGCAUCUAACCUAUAACUAUUUCUCUACUGGUUAUGAAUUUCUCUGUUCAUGAAAUAACUCAGGCCAAAGAUUUUUUCGAUUCUUGAGUUGUUGGAAUUUUGAGCUUUUUGUUGCAUCGAUAUAACUAUAACCGUACGCCCCUAAUUUUUGAGCUUGCAAGACAUCACGAGUAACUAGCCAAUAACAGCACAUGGCUACGUGAAGUUCUAGAAUUGUCAAAAGUCCUAGACGCAUCAGUGUAUGUACACUUGGCUUAAUUAUAAGUGGCAUGGUUAGACACUACGCGAUGACAUUGACGUACGAUCGAUGCGGGUCGAACCGCUCGCGAUUGCUACCUUCGCUGCGCACUGCUGUAAAUUUCCUCUAGGGAUAUUUUGUGCCAACCUAAAUCUCAUCGCGUAAUGACUAGCUACAUCACUUAUGAUUGAGCCAAGUGUACUUACGUACCUACGAACUCGAGAUCCGGUACUCACGAAUUCAAUCAUGCGUCGAAAUAUGUCUUCAUUGGAAGAAACGUAUCUCUUUGAACAGAAAUGUUCCUCUACAUCGCUUUCAAGCUAAAAUCUACAAUUAGGGCAAGAUUCGGGUAUAUCGAACUUCAGAUUUCAGGUUUCAAAAACAAUUUUAACAGAGAGCCUCUUCUCCGACGUAAGUGUGAAUUCGUUGAGUGAUAUGAUCGAUUGCAAGUUCCUCCGGGUCUGUACAAUUGAUAGUGGCAUUCAAUACUUAAAUAACCAUCAGCAUCAAGUCUCAAUUUUGCUUGGUGCCGUAAAUUUUCUAUGAAAUUUUAUGCAUGAUUUGUAUUGUUUCGCAUAACAUAUAUUUCGUUUGUCUAUCAAUAUCGACCAUCAAGGAAACAAAAUAGUAUUACGACAUUCAGGAUAAUUUCCUAUUAGCGUUAAACGCUUUACUCAAUUAAGUUAUUUUUUUCACAAUUACCGCUAAUUUUAUCUAACGUUCACCAUUAUUUCCAUGUUUUUUUUUUUAUGUAUAUUCUGUUUGAUGAUUAUUCUUAAUGAGGAUAAGAGAGCAGUUCGGUCUGCUAAGUCGGAUCGUUGUUGAUGAAUUGUAGAUUAAAUUUACGGAGAUUUCAUUGAUAACGAUAAAAAAAAAAUUGUCGACAAUAAAUGAUUGGAAGUAUCCAAUUUUGCGAUCAAGUAUCAUCAUAAUUUCGAUUUCUAAUCGCUCAAUUGUUCUCCGCGAUUUACUUGAAACCGGUGAAUAUGAAAGCGAUCACAUUUCACACAAUAAAAUAGUUGACAGAAUCAGAACCUACUUGAACUCAUCAAUUCCGUACGGUAGGCGUUGCAUCAUUGACUUAUUCUCCUAAAUGCACAGAUGGUUUUACCUACGUUUAACUUAUAUUACUUGAAACGUUCAUUUCCACCACUGAUCGUAACUUGCGUGAUUGAGUUUUUGUUUUACCCUUAACAGCAGAUUUUCCUUUCGUGUAUAGCUAAAUUUAAUUCAAUUAGUAGUUUUCGAGACAUCGGGCCUGAGCAAUUGUAAUUAGAUAAUCACUCUGUACAAUUCUGGAAAGCUCCUGAUAUUUUCAGAAACCUUAUUUUUGGUAUUUGUAGAAUCAAUUGAACCGAUCAUAAACUAAUUUUCUCAACAUUCGAAGCAUCCCUCAUGUAUUUUACGAAAAUUAUUCCUGAUAAAACGGUGAGAAUGUUUGUAAUGAUAAUCAAGGAAACGUGAAAGUAGAAGUUGUAAGUUCGAAUAUUUGCUCAAAUGAGAGUUCUGUCGCGGAUUUGGAUACUUGACUUAUAGAUGGAUUGUGUCUCUCUUUGUAUUAGCUAUUAAAUGACUUUGAUAACAUUUUUGUACUUUCAUACAUAUAGUCCUACUUUUUUCUACUGUUUUUCACAAUCAGAGACACUUGUUAUUGGUAUUAUAUAUUAUUACGUCGUAUCCAGCCGCGUAACCUGUGAAUUGAUCGUAGUUAUAAAUUUAUCACUAAAAUAAUAACGAAACAAAACGAUCUCGUGCGAUCUAUUUAGAGAACAAAUGUUUCACAACAUUUGAUAUUUCACUUGUGAUCGCCGUCAAUUAUUAAUCAAAUAGUAAUUAUUUAUACUAUUAGAAAUUGUAUAAUAGAAUCAUAAUCAUAUUUAUUAUGUUUAAAAUGUUCAACUGAGAUUGGAUAUAAUGUCACUUACAAUUAGAAUGAAAUAUAUUGUUAAUUCGAAGCGAACCUCACUAUGUAAUCAUAGUCUUAAUUAUAAAUCAUGCAGACUAUUUUUAUAUAUCUCGUCCUCAUUUAUCGAAGGAUUAAUUAUGUUGCAUAUUUUCUAAAAUAAAAUAAAAUUUUAUCGGGAUGGAAACACAAGAGCGAUAUUGUUAUAUGCUUAUAGAGUCGGUGAUUGGUAUUAUCACGAGACGAUUUUAAAUCUUAAAUUUGGAACCCACCAUAGGUGGGAAGUGUUCGAGUAUUGCUACAUCGCGAUACUCAUUGUACGCGUGAAUUGUAAUUUGACGUUAUUAUCAUAUAUUAAAGAAUGUUACAUAUGGUUUAAGACUACAUUAUUUAAUUGAACAUCACAAAUAAUACUCGUGACUGUGCUGUAACCACAAUAUUUGACCCUUGAUUGUAUGCCGAUUUUCCACCCCUUGAAUUGUACAGCGACUGUACUUGAUAUAAAAUGAUUUAUUAAUCAAUUGUUAAUUAACAUGAUUGUACACUUUUUUAUUUCGUUCGAAAACAAUCUUAAAAUUUAUGCAUUCUAAACAAUUUACGUUCUAUGAGUGAUCCGCCAUCUACAAUUUGCCCAAAUUCAGAAUCAUGAACAACUUUUCUCAUUUCCAUUUCGCAAGUCGAAAUGAUCAAAAUCUAACGAUCAUGCGUCUUAAUAUCUACUUUGUAUUUUCUUAAGAACAUGUUCGGAAAACGGAAAAACUGAAAAUUGUAAAUGAUAUACCAGUAAGCUUUAGAGUAUGAUUACUGCAAGAUGGUGUGCUUUGAAGACUACCAAAGUUGUUGCAAGUACCAUUGCAGGCUACUCUUUCAAAAACUUGCGGUCUAUAUUUGCAGUAAAAUCAGAAUAUGUGACGCUAAGUUUGCGUGUGUUUACUCGUAAGAUUUCAGACAACCUGGCUUUACGACUGCCUCUUAUACUUCACUGCAAAUAUAGAUCGCAAGUUUUUGAAAGAGUAGCCUCCAAGGAUACUUGGCGGCUCUUUUUUGCCUCUGGUAAGUUUCUGGCGUUUAUUUUACUAUUUUUUUGUGCUAUUCAAAUAGCAUAUUUGGGAAACCAGCAUGAGAAUGAAUAGAUUCAAACAUGAUUCGAAUCAUAAAUAGCGCGUUUAAGCAAUUUCACAAUAAUGAAAUCAAGUAUUAUUCGUCAAAAAUAGUUAUCCGUUACGAGCGGAGAAUUGAUACGACAGAAAUGUUAGCGCUUACAGCAAUGCGAUAAGUAAAUAAGAAAAUAAAAAAGUACAAGUACAAAAAAUAUGCACCAAUAAAUAGUUGAUAUUGAUUGCAGAUACUCACGAACAUGCAUUGCGACAACGUUUGACGAUGCAGACACCGUUACAAAAUAACGACCCGAUCGUUAACGAGGAUGGUCCGCUAUGAAGACCCUUUACUGAAAAGGGUCUCUACUCCGCUAGUUACCGAUGCGUGGCGUCUGCUGGUGGCAAAUAGUAGAAACACAACACCAUGCGUCAUACGAUAAUGAAUUCGUUGAUACAAUACAUAUAGAUUCAUGCACCUCAAUUAUUAAUUUUGCUCAAACUUAUCAACGCGACUCCGGAUUUCCACGAAAAUCAAUAGGCUUCGAAAGUACGAUGGCAAAAAUCUCUGUAUCAAAUUUGAAAGAAAUCCGUGCUACGAUUCGAAAGACACCAGUGUCCCAAGCUAGAGUAUGCGAAGGAAAAAAAGAUUGUUUUUUCACUAACUUUGACGAUUGAUAUUUCAACAACCGCUCGACAGAUCUGGAUCAAAUUUUGCCUGUAAGGUCUUCCGUACGAGAACUCUCCGUAUUACAAAAUAUAUUCGAUUUCAUUGAAUAGUUCUCGAGAUACAAUAGACUAGUAACAGAUAUAUUCUUGGCUAGCGACUGACACUAUUGGCGGCGAUUCGCUGCAGCAAAUCUCGACAUUGUAAUGAUAAUAUUGCGUUCUCAGAUUUAUGAAAUAUACGGAAAAAUAAGACUAAUUGGACCACUCUAUGUGAUCUAUAUCGGUUGCCUUGUCUACAUGCUUAUACUUUGUUCUGUUCUUUCUUCUUCAAUUUGCCUGGUGAAUUGAACCUUCGAUCAGGCGAAUCAUUCGCAUCUGAUUUCUAUACAUAGCCUCGCUUGUCCGGUGGGGCUUAGUUCCAAUGCUGACCACCGACUAGCGUUGAAGUCAACGAGUUGGUUACGUAAACGAUAUAGUGAUCACGUACACGCAUAAAGGCCGACACCCUUAACCGGUGCCGACAAGCAACCAGAGGCAGGUCACAGCCCGAUUCGAAAUUAUUGUUUUUUAUAAUUCGAAAAUUGGUAAAGAUGGAACCUUGGAAUCGCUUCAAGACUAUCGGCAAAUUUGUAUUCUGGGAAAUUAUAUAUCCACGUGUUUGGCGAGGCUUGAUAGAUUUUAUUUUCGACCGAGGAGCACCGUAUGUCAAAUAAAAUCCGGUGGCCGAGCUUGGAAACUCAAAAGAUGUCAUUGUAAUAUUUCCAUCAAGCUCAUGUACUGUUUACUCAACUGGUAAAAUGUUCCAACCUCCGAAUUGGGUUACAUGUGAUCCUGACUACCCCGGAAAAGAAACCAACAAUCUUCUUGCAUCAGACCAAAAUGUUCCUCCACAAGAUUUUCCACAACAUGACUGAUAAAAAAAAGUUGUGGUUGAUAACAAAUCAAGAGACUCGGUAUAGAGUCUCGCGCCAAGUACAUUCAAAAUAACGGGCGCGCACUACUCAUGGCGGUUUAUUAUUUACUCCAUAUUCAAAUGUAUAUUAUAUUCAAUAUUUUGUAUGCAAUAUUUCGUAUUCAAUAUAUGAUGAACUGUUAAGUAUG